ACAAGUCUCAAGAGAACACUUUUAUUAACGUUCUAGUUAGUUUUCUCAUAAAAUUAUCUCAUGUGAAAGACGGAAUGUUUUCUGCCAAAUAUGCUUAGGAUAUCUAGAAACCAAAACAUACAAUGUAGAUAGAUGUAUAAUGUGUAUAUAUUUUGGAGUUUAACGAUUACAGGUACAUGUAAUCUACUUUCCUUUUUUUUUUUUAUCAGAAAGAAACAGCAAAAUUGUAUGAAGGGGUUUGUUGUAUCUGUAGCAGUGCCAAAGUGCAUCUGUGCAGAAGAAUCGAAGUGAAAAGAGUGUUAGACUGUUAGCUCACUGCUUUACUCAAUCUGUUGUUGCAUUCACUUCCCUACACAAUUAUGCCUGCAGCCUGCAGGAACCUAGUGGUUUCUUUCAUCACUCGUUUUCUUUUCCUCCCUGCUUGGGUACAGUCUGUGGAAAGAAAACGUAAAGUUAUUUCCAUUUAAAGAGUAGCACUUCAUCAAAAGCCAUGAAAGAAAGAGGCAAAGCAGUGGAGAUGCACAACAAUGACUUGUUUGAUCAAGAUUACUGUACUUCAUCAGAUCUUCCAUGCAAGAAACACCCAUCAUCGUCUUCAGUUGGUAUAUGUGCUUAUUGUCUUAAAGACCGUUUGGUCAAUCUAGUGUGUUCAGAUUGUGGAGAACAAAGACUCUCUUCUUGCUCUUGCUCGGAGAUCUCUUCCAAUCGUAAUUCAUGCACUGUCGAGGUAGGCAGUGUUGGUCGCAUUUCAUUUUUGAUAGAAAAUGAAAAUCAGAAAAAUGAUCAAGUUUUACAUUCUAAUAGUAGUACUGCUAAUCCUAAAAGUUCUAGCGGAGAUCAGAAAGGAGAUGAACUUAAUUUCCUGGUCAAGAGGAACAGUAGUAGCUGCGUUGAGAUCAAGCGGAAAAAUGGGUUUUGGGGGAUUGGGAGGCUGUUCAGUAAGAAAAGAGGAAAGGGUUGUGAUAGAAGCAGUGCCGGGGGUCUCGAAGAGAAAAGUGAUUUGUGGGUUGUUGAUUACAUGGGUGUGUCUAGGUGCAGGUCUCUUUGCAGUUUCAGAGGUGGUGGUUUUUUUGGUUCAGAAGAUGGUACCUUUUCAGGUGCCAGGAGUUCCAUUUCAGCUGCCAGGAGUUCUAUUUCAGCUGCCAGGAAUUCGGGUGUCAAUGGUGGUCUACUUUUUGAUCCUGAUAGAAAAAGUGGAUUCAGUGAAGCAGAGCCAAGAAAAAGUGGCUUUGAUGGUGAAAAGAGAGAUACUACUAGUACUGCUUUAGAGUCUGAAAGGCUUGAUUCUGGUCACGACGGAGCUAAUACUAGACGUGUGUUUUCCCUCAAAGAGGGCAAUUUUACUACCGUGGAUGAUUCAGGCUUCAUUGACUUGAAGUUUGAUUUCCCACCAGAGUCUAAAGCAGAUUUAUCUGCCGUAAAAAUGGUCUCUUCGUCGGACUCAAACUCUGCUUUUGGGAGCAUGAGAGGCGGUGACGUUGUGGCACAGGAUCAAUAUGGAGGGUUUGGGAGUCUAAUGGGAGAUGGGCCUUGCAGUAAUGGGAGUUCCUGCAGGAUCACAGUCAGUGACAGAGGAAUCAAAAGGAGCAGAAAAAGUUUCAAGAGUUGGAGAUGGAUUUUCAGGCAGCAUCCAAGUUCAAACAAGAAAGAUUAAGACUCUGUGGUCAGACCCCUAGGUUAAUUAAUUACUAAUUAGACCAAAUCUUGAUUUUUGCUUUUGUAUUUCCAUGUGUAUGAUGGAUUCUGUAAUUAUGUUGAUCGAGUUAAAAACAAA